UGUGAUGUGAUACAGCGUGUCUCUUUAAUAAAAGCCGAUUCCUUUAGCGCAGGUCUGUUCUGUCCUCUGGGACUACUAGUUGCUAGGCUAAUUGUAUUGUACUACAGUGCUAGUAGCCAGUUAGGGAUGGCCUUGGAGGUUGAGUGUGUGGUGUGCACGACUCCUCGAGAUGAGGAGAGGAAGCACAGAGUCACAGACGGAGCGAAUGUUUUAUUUAUUCGAAUUUCGACAUGCAACAUUUUGUAAGUAGCUUAACUCUACAAUUGGACUCGGUGCAAAUGCAGAAAAUGUCUCGAUGGUAACCAGUAGCUAGCUCGCUGGAGGCAGGGAAAGAAAGCUCCCGGUGGUGCUCUGCUCCUAGCUAAACGAAUAAUAAAGGACUUCGAAAGGAAAUGGUCAAGAUGGCAGCUGCAUUCGGAAUGUGAAGGUGCUAGUUUUACAUUUUGAUUUAACCCGCAUAUUGGAAAUGGUAAAGAAACACGGGCAAACGGAACGCUGUUGAUUGAGUAGCUAACGUUAUCUAUUAAUUGAGGACGCGCUACACGCCAUUCCCAAGAUAAGGGAUUCAAUAUAAUUCCACCACCUAACGUAUGUAUUAACACAUUUUAUAUAUUUUAUUUUUAUUUUUACAAAGUACAAACAGACGCUGCAGUACUAGCUCAAUGCACAUAAAAAAAGGGGCUUUUAAGUCGCGCGAUCAAUUUUGCUGCGAUCAGCAGAGAGAAGACAGUCGACUGGACGCACGUGGGGUUCUAUCAGCUGGAGGUGUGGAAUGUGGGUACUAGUUAUUGUACUCCUUGUUUUAAUAUGAGUCUGGUAAUGUCAUGCUGAUAUUAUGCAUGAUAACCAAACAAAUACUAUUUUAUUAAUGGAAUGCAAUUUUGUUAAUCAGUGUAUACCGAAUACAAGCGACAAACCAAGGAGAGCAAUAUGGCUGAAGUACCGCACAAUGAUAUUGACAUCGAUCCGGACUUCGAGCCCCAGAAACGACCGAGGUCAUGUACCUGGCCUCUGCCUCGACCGGAGUCCAACACAGGGAAGCCCGAAUCGAACGAUGACAUCAUCCCGGAGGACGAGGAGGAGGAUUAUGUCACAGCGCCUAGCAUCUCUAGCUCCACUCCUGUCAACAAUUUGAAUGGUGGCAUAACUAUACCUCAGAACAGAAAUAACUUAUCUGAACACCAAACCCUCCCCGUCACCACUAAGAAAGAAGUACUAACCCCAACUUCAAAAGAGGAGGCCGGGUCUUCACAGACGCAUGCUAUCACAGCUCUCAAUGGCCUGGCCUCCCAACCUAGGAAGUCCUCAACUCGAAGGAAUGCCUGGGGGAACUACUCCUAUGCGGACCUCAUCACCCAGGCCAUAGAGAGCUCCCCGGACCAGAGGCUGACGUUAGCCCAGAUCUAUGAUUGGAUGGUGAGAUCUGUCACUUACUUCAAGGACAAAGGGGACAGCAACAGCUCUGCAGGCUGGAAGAACUCCAUCCGACACAACCUCUCUCUCCACAGUCGUUUCAUGCGGGUUCAUAAUGAAGGAUCGGGGAAGAGUUCCUGGUGGAUGGUCAACCCAGAGGUUGGGAGAAGUGGCAAAGCUCCACGACGACGGGCUGUAUCCAUGGACAACGGCAACAAGCUGAUCAAAGGUGCUCGAGGCCGAGCCGCGAAGAAGGCAUCUCUAGGCCUACAGACCUUCCAAGAUGGCAGCUCCGAGAGUUUAUCUUUGUCCUCUAGCCUGUCCAAGUGGACAGGAAGUCCCACGUCUCGCAGCAGCGACGAACUGGACACCUGGACAGACUUCAGGUCACGUACCAACUCCAACGCCAGCACGGUCAGUGGCCGCCUCUCCCCUAUCCUGGCCAACCCGGAACUGGACGAGGCUCUGGAUGACGACUCGAUCGCGCCCCUCUACUCCAGUCCCAGCAGAUUGUCCCCCUCCACCGCCACCCUCGGUCUGGGUGACAUGGCCCUUACUAUGAACCUCAACGAAGGGCUCCCUGACCACCUGAUGGGUGACUUUCUUGACAACAUCAGCCUUACGGCGUCCCAGCAGCCCCAGGGGCAGGAAGUGGAGAGCAGAACCAAUCAGACGGGGAGCUCAGUGUUUACCUACACGUGUCCAGGAAGCAGCAGUAGUCUGGUCGUCCCGUCCUCCGGCAGCUUCGGCCCUCCCGGCACCAUCUUCCUGCUCAGCCCCCCACCCUCCUCAGUGGCCUCCCUACGUCAGUCCCCCAUGCAGACCAUACAGGAGAACCACCAAGCUUCCUUCUCCUGCCUGUCCUCUCGUUUCAACAACCACCACACUCUGCAAGACCAAAUGAACCUGGAGACCCAUGGCAGCCAUGUCAGCGACGUCAUGCUCACACACUCUGACCCGAUGAUGUCACAAGCCAGCGCCUCUGUCACUUUGUCCCAGAAUUCCCAGCGGAAUGCUAUGCUUCUCCGCAAGGACCCUAUGUCAUCAUCAAUCCGGGACUGUGCUGCAGGUCCAAAUUCACAGACUCCCCCAGUGCCCGGUUGGUGGGCUCAGGCUGGCUUGUCAACACCUGACAAUGAAGUCUUGUGCUCAAGCAAUGAAUUGGCCCAGCAGGCCAACCAGAUUCUCCAGCACCUCCCAUCUCCCAGUAGAAAUUAUUGUAUGCAGCUUGGUGGCUCUGGUACCAACGGCAGAUCUGGAAGCCUUUUGCAGUUGAAUGCUCAGGACCACUUCCCAAUACCUUCAGACCCUGAUCUGGAGGUGUUCAACGGCAGGCUGGACUGUGACAUACGUAAUGAGCUGAUGGACGCUGACUGCCUUGGCUUAUGUUUUGACCGCUCUCCCCUGCGCUCUGGUACUCCGACCACUAAUAACUUAAGUACAGCAGGGGGAUUCUCCAGCUCCAAACAAACCUCUUCUUCCCCAAGCUGGGUUCCAAGCUAGCUGAGGUACUGUCCUGCCCGGUUUCAGAACAGUGUCAGGGUUGGGGACAGUUUGAAUUUCAGUCAAGGUAAUUCAAUGGAAUUUGUGAACUUGCUGAAUUGACAUGGAAUUGAACCCAACCCUGAUCAGUAUAGAGAGUGAUCAUUGCAGGUGAGCUUUCAUAACUCAUGCAUAUUGUGCAACUUGAUUGUAUAGCAGGGCUAAGUGUCAAGUAUUCAAUGAUUUUCUUGUUUUUAUUAUCAGGCAUUACAUAUCUAGAACUGCAAGUGUCUGGAAGACAAGAUGGAGAUGAGCUUCUUUGUACCCUAAACCAUGUUCCAAAAACAAGGAGGCUUGAGUCUGAUUUCAGGGCAUGUAUUCACAAACCGUCUGCCAGUAGAAGGGAUUAUCUAGGACCAGGUCCUCACUCUUAUUCAUAAUGAUCUGAAAGGCAAAAACGGAUAUUAGAUCAGCACUCGUGCUUUGUGAAUACAGGCCCUGGACUGUAGAGCUGUGUCUAAUCUGUUGAAAGUUGGGACAGUGACAAUUAGUUUCUUUUUUUAAAUAAAAUAAAAACAACCUUUUUAACACCAGUGUUAUCAGUGGGAUUUUAGAUGUAAAUGUGAAAUAGACACUGCUUUUAAGUCUCAGGGAUUUGUCCUUAUGUGGUGGAUUGUAAACCCUUUUUACCCUGCUUUCCCAUGUCAUAUUUCUUAACCAUACAUGAACCAACACAAUAUUUUUACCAAACCAUUUGUCAGUCCAGUGGUUGACUGCCUGUUUACAUCUAACAAGCUCCAGCGAAUGUGACCUUUAUGUUGUAGAUACUCGAUUCAGCUUUUUGUGCUUUUGCUGGUGUGUUCUCAGCAGAAAAGAGGACAAAAUAAAUAAUUGUUUUUGAAAAGCCUUGCAUCAGUGCACAAUUCCAUACACCUAUAUAAUAAUGAGUAAUAUCAAGUCCAAGGUAAUCCACAUUGUGUUAAUUGUACUGUAUGUGACUUGUUUAAUUUUCUUCAGUGAUUUUAGUAUUCAAUACUCCUGUGAUAAACCCUCAGAAGGAUGACAAGUUUCUGCUUGUAAAGGGGGGGACCUGAUCCUAGAUCAGCACUCCAAAUCUCACACUUUUUUUACAGCUUACAAAAAUCAUAUUUUUUGGACAUUUACAUUGAAUAAGCAUUUACUCAUGCUAAAUAUUGACAUAUAGGCUAGGCCUAAAAUAUGAAUAUGGAAAAUAACAUUCCAUGUAGAAUCAGAAGCAAUAAACUCUCAAUGUUCUGAAUUAUUGCCCAAAAAAUAUGAAGUCAAUAUUUUUAGUACAUUUCCCACAUGGAGUAGGAUUACGUGAAGCGAUGUUAACUAACUUCAUAGCAACACCGAAGGAGGUCUUGGUAAUUCAUUUUGAUGGAUUUAAACUCCUAAUACAACAUAUUUAGAAUACAGUGAUUGGUUUUGGGAUGGUUAACCAUUUGACAGGCUGUUUUUAUGCUGAAACAAGUUGUUUUGUAUCACUAAAGGAGCAAUCUGCAGUUGCUAUGUCUGUUUAUAGACUUUUUUUAAAUGAAUGAUGCCUACCCCUUGAUUAUUGAACGUAACGAGAUGCAUACCUCCACUGUCGUAACCCAACAUGUAAACAAACACUAUAUAGCCUCAACAUGGUUGAAACUAUAUCUAGUUUACCAAAUCAGCAGCGGGGGGGUCCGCUUUGUUAUUGUUCAAACUGCAGAUUGCUGUAGAUCAACACCCACUGUCCACUGCCUACCUGUUCUUAUUUACCUCACUGGUCCUCCAUCAAUUGCUUCUACAUCUACAUUGCUUGCUGUUUGAGUUUUGACAUCGGCUGAUGUAAAAAGAGAUUUAUAAAUACAUUUGAUUGACCACAACCAUAUUUGAUUUCGGGUUGGCUUUUCCUCAUGUAUUUUUCCACUUUGCAUUAUGUCUGUCUGAGAAAGGGUGCAUGUCAAUAAAAGCUUUGUGAAGCACUA